GCUGAACCGAUUCGGGUGCAUUUUCCGCGUAGUGAAGCGGGUGAAAAUAUCACCAACCCUUCUUAGCGCUUGGUGGUGCACAAUCAGUGUGAAAACAAACGUGACAUCGUGCGGUGCCACGUGUGCUGUUUACAUUCGGUUCACGAGGAAAAUUGCUUUUUCUUGUUUUCGUGACUGGAUAAUUAAUAUGUUUGAACAAAACAGUGUACAGUUGUCAUUAACUGGGAAUUGCAAAAAUUACAUGCGGUAGACUGUGAAAAGCCAAUUUCGAGCUGCUGGAGUGAGGUGCCGUGGGGAAUGGAAAUGGGCACACUCAUGUUUGCGAAUUGAAACCGCUCUGGUUUUAUUGGUAACUGUGUUGUUCUGUGUUGACGGUGAAAUUAAAAUGUAUAUUAAUUAAAAAUGAUUGUUUGUGGUGAAAAUGUGGCGGGUGGUUGUUGCUGACGUGCAGAGCGGUCAGAUAACGAACACCAUGCGUUCAUUCACAUGUCAAUGAAACCAGUUCCCGAUCGAAGUACAGUUUUUUUGAACUCUACCCAAAAAAUGUGCACAGUAUUUAUUGCUCUCCGUCAAAGUUUGAGCGUUAUUCGGAACAGUAACUCGUGACAAUUAAGCAGCGGACAGUUAAACAGUAACAAAAAGAAACAUGAGUAAAUAAUUCAUGAUCCCAUUGGGUUGCCGAAGGAUAAACUUUAUGCAUAAAAUAAGCGAAGAAAUGGUUGGUCGUGCCCGAGUGAAUCCAAGCGCCGAAAAUGAAUUGCCGAUUUAAUGAGAUUAAUUAUGCAUUCGUCAGUGUUGAUCUCCGUUGUCCUGCAGCUACUGCUCACAAGCAUACGACCAACGGUUUCGGCGGACACCCCCGCAGUGACUCCUCUCGCUCCUCAUGAGAUCUCCUAUCUGGUGCUAAGUCAGUCGCCCGCCUUCUUCGCCCAGCGUGCACAGGCAGUGAAGCAAAGCAUCCUGGAGCAGCAAUCCAAGCUAGCCAAGUUCAAUGAUCAACUAGCCAAUACCGGGAAAGCCGCCGUCAGCGGAAACGUGCACCUAUCGCACGAAAUUUUCGUCGACCAAGAGGGAUCCUGGGCAAUCACACCGAUUUUGAAACACAUCCGUUCGAGCAUCCUGAAAGUAUCGCAUGCCGGCACCCGCUGGCUCAUCAUCUGCGAAGAGAACAGCCACGUGAACGUGAGUCUAUUAUCACACCAUUUGGGCCAAGAGGAUUAUCACCAGGAGCUCUUUCUUGGAUAUCCAUUGUACGACCGCGAGGCAACCAUUAUUCAUCAUUUCGCGUUUUUCAAAAAUCCAUCAAGCUUUCUCUAUCCGUACCUAAGGGCAGGAGUUGCCCUAACAAUUCCCUUAGUGGACCGUCUGAUCCAGGUGCUAUCGAGCGCCGGUUCGACACUGACGGAGUUUUUCAUCGAUGCUGGCCACGAAUUCGCCUUGCUGGUGUGGAAUCGAGGCACUGGCAGCCCUUUGACGCCGGCAUCCUACUUUUGCGCCAGACCCGGUGAAAAGUGUGCCAUUUAUGCUGAAUCGAUGGACAAGGGAUCUGCGGAAACAUGUCUACCUGUUGCGAAGGAUGCCGCUCACAUUUUGUUCGCUGUGAAAACGUGCGAAAAGUUUCACGAAGAACGUGUUCCGGUGCUGCUGCACACCUGGGCACAGUAUGUGGAACAUUUGCGGCUCUACAGUGAUAUCAGCGAUGCCACUAUACCGACGAUUGAAACCAGCAUUCCCAACACCAGCAGCGGACACUGUGCCAAAACGCUGGAAAUACUUCACCUGAUAAGUGAGGAGAUUUCCCGAAAUUCCAGUCUAACCGACGUGAGAUGGAUCAUGCUAGUGGAUGACGAUACAAUUCUAAGCCCCUCUGCAUUGACUAGACAUUUGUCCUGUUUUAACCCGGCGCAGCACGUCUACCUCGGCGAACGGUACGGAUAUCACCUACUCGGCAGGGACGGUGAUGGGUCGGCGGAAGAUGGUUACGGCUACAACUACAUCACCGGUGGGGGUGGGAUAGUCAUUAGCGUUAAAAUAAUUGACGCACUGCUACAAUCAUGCGAAUGUCCUUCGGCAUCCUCGCCAGAUGACAUGAUCGUUGCGGCAUGUCUGUACCGACUCGGCGUUCGACCUAUUCACUCCACUCUAUUUCAUCAAGCACGACCCUCCGACUAUCCACCAGAAACUCUCGACGCCGGUAGUAUAUCGUUCCACAAGCACUGGCAAAUCGAUCCCUACCAUGUAUACAACAGGUGGUUCCGACAGAAUGACGAAGUCUGGCACCAGCAAAGCGUUAAUCAAGAACCAAAAUAUGCAGCUCUACGUCCGCAUGAGGAUAAUGACUCCCAGACAUCCAAGCAUGGCAAACCGCUACUUCAACCAAAACAUAUCAGUAACGACAACGAUAGCACACGGCAGGAGUACAAUCGUUCGCCACAUGGCAUAGCAACCGUAGCCUCCCGAAAAGACGAACUUAAUCAGCUGCCAUCAGCGGGACAGCUUCCAGAAACGAGACCGGUGGAAAAUGACAAUCGUCGUUAUCAAAACGAAAAUGUCGUCAAUUCCUUUUGUGAGAAUAAUGAGCUCCAAUCAAAUAGCAACUUGCUGCUGAGCCGGCAUCACCAGAGCAGUGGCAGCCUCCAGGAACCGAACAUAAUCAAACACACUGAACUGUAGCAAACGAAAACCCCAUAUCGAUUAAACUUAAACCUAGUUGUAUACCAAGUAACCGAACAAACACAAAUUUCUAUUUGACCCAUGGUGAAAUAAACAGUGCUUUUUUACUUUUUAAUAUCUUAA